GCCAAGAUCGUUUUGGAGUUUGCCAAUGUGGUGGUCCUGGCUUUAAACUUUCUGUUUGGGUUGGGCAGUCAAGCAGUGCUGCCGCACAAAUUGACACUGGUGCAGGAGGAUGUCGCAAGCAGAGUAUUGGAACGGUGUGCUGAUUUCAACGCCCGUUUGCAAUCGACUGAAGACGGUUCGUGGGAACAUUUGCUGCCGGACUGGUUCGUGGGCGUUGCUAAGCCAGAAGGUCCUAAGUAUGCCCAUAUUCAAGCUGAUGCUGUUGACUGCUUACCCGUGUCUGGAGCUUGUGAUCCGUUGCCUUGCCUGCCUGAGGAGGUGAGAGCUGUUAUCAUGGAAGAGACUUUCAUGUUUCCGGAGCCUCCAACUGGCUUAAACAGGUUUGGCGAUGUGGAUGAAGAAAGCCGUGAUGAGUAUGUCAAGCUUGUUGCCAGGCAACUUCGUUGCCAGAAGUUGGGCUUGGCCAGCACUGUUAAAGGUGGCGGCGUUGUGCUCGCCGUCAGCAAGCCUGGCACUGGCAAACAGCGCGAAGUGUGGCAUGGCAGACGUGUUUCGCAGGCGGCAAGAGGCCCGCCUCCGCCCAGACAUCUAGCUUCACCAACUGCACUCCUGUACUUGGAAGCAACUAGGGAGAAGCCAAUCAGGAUCAGCAAGCGAGAUGCCAAGUGUUGGUUCGACCAGCUGCUGCUCCCAACUCACCUUCGCACGUGGAUGGCUCGUCCUCCAGUGACUGUCAGCGAACUGUGCGAGGGCGCUUCAAUGAGUCUUGAGGAGGCAAAUUCUUGCCUGGAGGAAGGCAGCGCCUUGGAUUCCAGUUGCUUCUAUCCAGUGUCAAAGGUGUGGCCCAUGGGCUUUUCUUGGUCGUCCUAUGUGGCGCAGGAGGUGCUCCUUGAUUGCAUUGCGACUGCUGGCAUCGGCGAUGGGCAGGUGCUAGCGUGCCCGGGAGUCACCAGCAACAUGGCAGAGAGAUUUGAUGAGGCGCUACUUAAGCGUGGCAUCAUCAAACAUUCAGGCAAAGACGUAAACGAUGAGCUUAAUGGCACAUGUGUGGGCGUCAGUCUGGAGGAUGGGACUUUCCUUUCUGUCCCCCCAGCAAGAUGUUUGGCACUCAUGGUACUCAUCUUGGCCUUGGCUCAGAUGCCUACUUCUUCGCCAAAGCAAGUGCAUUCAGUACUCGGCAUGCUCCAGUGGUUUGAUUUGUUGAUGAGACCGAAGCUGUCAGUGUACCGGGUGGUGUACAACUUCCUACGCGACCCUGAAGAUUGCUUGCAGCGCAAAGUUCCUCAUGAAGCCAUGCAGGAGCUUUUGCUCGGCUUGGGCCUGGGCGUUUUUUGGAAGGCAGACCUCUGCAGGACGUUUUUGCCUUUGGUUGCAGCGUGCGAUGCAAGCACUACCUUUGGUUUCGGGGCUUCUAUCGCUCGAGUGCCUGCCUCAACUGCGCGUGCACUUGCUCGGGUGGCCGAGAAGCAAGGCAGCUACGUUGUCCUGGAUGGUGGCACAGAUUGGGGCACGAGAGCUGGUGAAAGGCAUCAGGUUCCCUUUUCAAAAUCGGACUUCGUGCAUGUUUUCAGCGUGAAGAGUCGGAGCCCUGCUCAUAUCAAUGUGCUGGAGGGGGAGGCUUUUGUGUUAUUGUUGCGGUGGCUGCUGCGUUGCAAGGCGAGGCACAGUUCACGAGUAGUGGUGCUGGUGGACUCCGGCAGUGUGGUUGGGAGCAGCGGCCAAAGGGCGGUCAUCCACAGCGCUCAACCGCCUUCUUCGCAAAGCUGCAGCCUUGCAGAUGGCUGGCAACCUCAUGGUGCACUUGGUGCUCGUUCCUUCGGCUGA